AUGGCCAUUGCGAUUCGUCAAGGCGCAGCUCAAAUUGCUCUUCUGGAGGAUCGUGUGGCAGAGCAGGAUGGUAAGAUUGAUACCCUGCAACGCCUUCAUGAAGGCCUUAGGCGCGAAAUCAUGGUCCAGCACCCCUCAUUCCCACUGCCCGAUCCUCCUGCCAAUGCAUCAUCCCUGUUGCUUGAUCAAUCCAGCCCCCCCACCAUCUCACCCACCGAAUCUGCACCCCCACCUCUCAUUGAUCUCACAAUGGAAGGCAUUGCUCCCACAACCGCAACUGCAACAGUCCCGGAUGCCUCUGCCAUUGAUGGCCUCCCGUUUGAUUACAACCAAGUUGCUCAUCCAGAGGAUCCAGAUGCGUCCGGCAAAAUUGUGGACCCAGGUGAUCCAAGCAACCUUGUCCCAGAAUAUAACUCCUCUGAUGACAUGGAUGUUGAGGUUGAGGUGAAGGUUGAAGAGUCUUCUGAGGAGUACCGAGACCCGACACCCGAGAUUCGGUACUCGGUACUCGGUGAUUCGUGUGUAUCAUCGGUACUUGGGUGUCAGGUGUCGGGUGUCGGUACUCGACUCAAAACUCAAAACUCGAACACACAAAUCACCGAGUACCGAGUACCGAAUCUCGGGUGUUGGUACUCAGUACUCGGUACUCGGUACUCGGGUGUCGGGUGUUGGGUGUUGGGUGUUGGGUGUCGGUACUCGGUACUCGGUACUUGGGUGUCGGGUGUCGGGUGUCAGGUGUUGGGUGUCGGGUGUCGGUACUCAAUUUGA